AUGCAACUCCCCACAGAAAUAUAUGAUCUUAUUACAUUUCAUGUCGAAAAGACUAUAUACAAGUACGAUGAGUUUGUAGGAGGCGACCUCGACGGCACUCAGGAGCAUACCAGCAGCGAAUACAAGGUCCGACGACAACUAGCCAGCUUGCGUCUGGCCAGUAGAGGUUUCUGUGGUAGCGCAUCGCGGCAUCUCUUUCGACGUAUCACCGUAAGCCUUUAUGCCCCUGGUAGUAUCAUCACGGGUCUUGUGCCGUUAGUCCGGUUUGUGGAAAUAUCCAAAAGCCGACUGGCGCAAUACGUCCGUGAAGUUGAGCUUGGGUUUGAUGGGAUACCCAAGCACGCCGAUGAUAGACCCGAUCUCGAUGAUUUCGCGGGGAUGUUGUCGCCUUGCUUGGCUCGGUUCGCGAAUCUCAAGGAGCUCUCAUUUGGUGGCCCACGGCCCGUUCCCCUCCUUUCUCUGGAGGAGACGAGGUCAUACAUCAAUACCGUAGUCAUGGCCCUUCGCUACGUGGCCAUUCCAAGGCUCGAGGAACUCGUGCUCCAUUUCCCGCUCUGCCAUGAUUUCGGUCAAUUUUUCCCUCCGAAACCAAGUGCCGUACAAAUACCCAUUACAGAUAUCCUUCGCCAACUCCAACGUCUCGAACUGAACGUCUGCGUGUAUACAACUGGCCGUCAUCAACGACACUGGCGUCAUGAUCCGAUCUUACCGGAACAUGAAGCUCUACCAAACCAAACCCAUGCGUCGUAUUUGUAUCGGAUGCUUGAGCCCGCGAUCAACCUGACAUCCCUCUCAAUAAGCAGCGAGGACACUCUAAACCUUGACCCGAUCAAGUUCUCUUCUUCCAUAAAACUCCGAUUCCUAUCAUUGACCGGCGUAUCCAUAUCCGCGCACAACCUUCUAACGCUCAUCAACCAAUCCAGCACGACCAUAGAAAGCAUCUUUCUAGACCUCGUCGCCCUAAACAGCGAAACAUGGCACAAAGUAUUACUCGAACUAUCCAAGUUACCAUGCCUGAUCGACUUUUACAUCGAGUCUAGCGGAUACUCAUCGACGGGAUCAAGCUCCCAUCUAGCAACAAUCAUUCCUCCCGAUCCAGACUAUCAACCUAACCUCGAAACUUACAGCAAAGAAGACAUCCUCGCUCUUGGGGCCCUGCAACGCGCCGUGAAUGCGAAUCGAAUCAAAGCGCGGCUAAAUCCGUUCUCAAAGUUUUAUUAUAUGUAUAUUGAAGAUACUGAACGGGAGGCUAAGAGACAGUACCUGUAUUUUGAAUCUUGA